AUAAAAUUGUUACUUGAAAAUCGAUGAAAGUUGAAAGCAAAGAUGUCUAAGAACAGAAAGAGUAAGGUACCUGGGGAGCCAACAGGAAGUGGCACUUCUUUGCUUGAGACUGCUACGGCUGCCAUCCAAGCCUUUGCUCCGGUCAACAAAAUCCAUCAACAUCUUUGUGCGUUUCACUUCUACUCUCACGACAUGACCCGCCAAGUGGAGGCACACCACUUUUGCGGACACCAGAAUGAGGAGAUGAGGCAGUGCCUCAUCUACGACAGCCCCGAAGCCAAUGCUAGACUCAUUGGCCUCGAGUACAUUGUCUCGGAAAAUCUCUUCAUGACACUUCCGGACGAGGAAAAGCGCCUUUGGCACUCGCACGAGUGCGCCGGGACCUGGAGUCGGUUUGCAAGACUUAUGGUAAAGUUUACCAUUUUUGGCAAGUUGACAAAGGUGACUGUCUCCCUCUUGGGGUGCCUCAGCUCAUGAUGGCGUUUACUAGAGAUGGCCAAGUCUACAAAGAGCUUGUACAAGAUUGUGGGAAGCGUUUGGGCGUGGAUCACGAGAAAGAGAGAAUGAACAGAGAGUAUAUGAAAGGACCCGAACAUGGAAUUGAUCCAUUGGCCAAUGGUGGAGGUAAAGGUCUUAAGACUGUUCUUAGAGAGGUCCAUCUCCCAAAUAAUCAACCUCCAUCUGCCACCAGGGUCUUUGUUUGAACAAUCAUCAUAUAUCUGGUGAUGAUGAAGAUGAUGCACAACUUGUAUAAUUAUUAACAAUGAUCAUAACAUUAUAUGUAUGAGGAGUAGGGAUCUCUUAAUCCAAAGUUGUCGUCUUUUAUUAGCACUUAAUUACCUUAGGAUCAGUUUGAGAAUAAAGGGUAUAAAGUGUUGUGAAGAACUCAUGUUAUGUAUUGGGAA